AUGGGUUUCAACAGCGACGCAAAGACGACUGCCGUGGUCGUUGACACGCCCACGUACGAGUACAAGAAGGUGGACACCACCAACCACCGAGUUCCGAAGCCAUCUGGCCCCAACAAGAUCUUCGAACAGGAGGGUGUCACCUAUGGCGACUGGAGAGAUGACCUCGUCCGCGACGGUUACGUUGUUGUCAAGGGUGCUGUCCCCAAGGACCGCAUUGAGGCAUACGGUGAGGAUAUGAUGUCCUACCUUGAGAACUUCGGCGGCGGUCUUGGCUUCAAGCGGGAUGACCCUUCCACUGUUGAGGAGAAGCACCUCCCCAUUAUUACCGAGAAGGGCAUGAUCCUGGGCUAUGGUGCCCAGCACGAAUCCUUUGCCUGGGGUAUCCGCCAGGAGCCCGGUGUGAUUGAAGCCUUUGAAAAGGUGUACGACACGCCCGAUGUCAUUGUCUCCUUCGAUGCUGUGAACAUCUCUUUCCCCAACCGAAAGGACAUCAAGCCCAACAAGCCCUGGCCGCACCAGGACCAGGACCCCGAGAAGCCCGGCUUCCGGUGCCUGCAGGGGCUGGUCAACGUGUUCCCCAACGGCGACAAGGACGGCGGCCUGAUUGUGUGCAAGGGCGCGCACCUGCUGAGCGAGGAGUUCCACGAGGCCUUCAAGAACGAGACCAACCGAAUCUGGGCCUGGACCAAGGAGUGGUACGGCUUCACCGACGAGGGCAUGGCCUGGCUCAAGGACAAGGGCUGCGAGUGGAUCAAGGUCAAUGCCGAGCCCGGCGACCUCUUGCUCUGGGACAGCCGCACGCCGCACUACAACCUCAGCCCCACGGGCACGGCGCCGCGCUUCUGCACCUACACGUGCUACAUGCCCGCCGCCGACGCCACCCAGGAGGACCUCAUUCGCAAGAAGGGAGCCUUUGACAACCUCCAGGGCACCACCCACUGGCCCAACGCCAUGCACGUGGCCGACCUCCCCGUCAAGCGCAAUGGCGAGGACUGCCCCUACAACACCCGCAAGCCGAGGAAAGCCCCAGAGAUGACCGAGAGAGGUUAUCUAUUGACGGGCAUUCCUUACAUCCAGCCUACGUCAGCAUAA